AUGGCCGCCCCAAAACCAAACAUCGGAACCUUGGACGCCGAUAUUGCUUUCCCUCCAGGGCCCGAGGACACCGUCAGCGCCCUCCGAUGGUCUCCCAAGGCAGACCAUGUGGCCGCCUCUGCUUGGGACGGCAGAGUGUAUAUCUACGAUGCAACAAACGUCGCCGGCGGCACAGGUUCCAUCCGCCCUGUCACCGCCAUGAACAACAACCUCCACCCUUUUCUCGAUUGCGAUUUCAACCAAGUAACAUCCACGGAUGUUGAUGGUGAUACGUGGAGGAAGCAAAUAUGCGUGAACAUAUAUAAACUGGAAGGGAACAUGAUUGCCGGUGCCUCGACCGACGGAAAAGUCCACAUCAUGGAUCUCAACGCGCCAGGUCAAACCAUGACACUUUCCGGUCACCAAGCCCCUGUGAGGACCGUCCGUUGGGUGGACCUUCCCUGCGCCGGGAAUUCGACCGGUCUGCUUGUUUCUGGGUCAUGGGACAAGACACUUCGGUUCUGGGACAAGCGGCAACCCAACCCCAUCGCCACCGUCAACCUCACCGACCGUGUAUGGGCCAUGGAUGGGUCCGGUACGACCCUCGUCGCGGGGACAGCAGACAACAAGAUUCACAUCUUCAACCUGGGAAAGAUGACACAGAGCAGUGCCAUAAGACCCACGAUGGUCAUCGACUCGCCUCUUGUGGACCAACAAAUCAGAUGCAUAGCUGUCAAACACGGUGGUCAAUACUGGGCGGUGGGAGGUAUUGGCGGAAGGGUAGCUUUUGGAGCUACCCAACCUAACCCGAUGAAGUCAGGAGUGACUUUCUCGUUCAAGUGCCAUCGUGAAGUGUCGAAAGAAUCAAGCAAAGUGACGAACGUGUCCGCCGUCAAUGACCUUGCCUUUGCCAAUUAUAUUGCCCAUCAAAAUGGCUCGACGGCGAGGAUCGUGAUGGCGACGGCAGGUCAGGAUGGACAGGUUAUGGUUUGGAAUGUGACUAAGAAAACUAGACUGAUAUCGUAUCCGUCUCCCGGGGGGAGUAUCACGGCUUGUGGCUUCAACUGGGACGCGACCAUGUUUGCGUAUGCGGUUGGGUAUGAUUGGGGAAUGGGGUGUGCUUAUAACACGCCGAAUUAUCCAAGAGGGUUGGCGCUGCGGAGGGUGGAUUAUUCGUGGUUUGCUUAG